AUCCUGCUGAGGAAACAAAAUCCCUUUUUUCCUUUCCUACUAUCAGGAAGUGCUUAUGUUUAGGCAGAUAACGUGAUUUUUCUUUGUGUGCGUCUCACCGAACCUCCAGUCCCACCAGCACACCGAGCCUGAGUGGAGUUCAGUCAUUUAUUCAAACUUAUUUCGCACAUUUUAGCAUAAAGAUGGACAAUGAGACGGACUGGCUUCCUGAACACUGCACCGUCAAGGUGGAUCUGGUGUCUCGGCGUAUCGGACUCUUCCUGCUCCACCUGUUCCUGUUCAUCGUGGGAUUGAUCAUGAAUUUGACGGUCGUCUGGGUAAACUGGCAGAGACGCCGCACACGUAACACUGUGAUAUUCUGCAUCCUGAACAUGGGCGUGGCCGACACCAUGCUGAUGCUCAUCUUACCCAUCUCCAUGCUCGAAGUUGCUUUGGAUCACGUUUGGGUUUGGGGUGAUUUCCUGUGCCGCUUUUCAAAUUUAAUCAUCGUGGUUAACAUCCAUGCUAGCUCAUUUUUCCUAGCGUAUAUAUCUGUCGAGCGCUAUCAGUCGCUGGUACGUGGAUUAGCAGCGAAAAUAACAGCCACGUCAGAAAAACGCAAGAGGAACAUCAUUUGUGCGGCCCUCUGGAUUUUCGCUUUGUUUCUUGGCUUGUUAGAAACGGUACACGUUCGCGUUUUAGAAUUGAGUGAACCGGGAUGUUACUUGGUGCCCGAACAUGACUACGAGAAGUGGUUCAGCUCUCUCGUUAUUAUCCAGUUUUUGGCACAAUAUUUAACACCGGUUGUGAUUAUGGUGACUUUUAACACACUAACAGCUCGAGCAGUGAGAUCGUCUCCUGAAGUUCAGAUCCGUAACAUCGACGACAUCUGGUUCCUGCAUGUUUAUUCCUCAGUUUUUAUAAUUUGCUGGCUUCCAUUUCAGCUAACCAUGAUCCUCAUCUUGGUGGACCUGGCGCAACCCGAUUUAUUUGACUGCAACGGACUCGCGCAGCUCUUCUUCUCCUACGCCAUCGUAAGAACAAUCGCGUUACUUCACUGCUUGGCCAAUCCCAUCCUCUACAGUUUUCUAAGCAGGAGCUUCCGCAGCAAGCUUAUUAACCUUGUUUUGAGCCAUUUGCCACAAGACCUUGUUGCUAAUCAAGGAACGGAUCAACAUGCUAAUCAAGUUGAAGGUAAAGGAAAUGGAGGGAAGGCAAACAAUAUGGCUGAAAACAACACCAGCCAAUCAGACGGAGGACCGUAAAAGAAAAAAAAUGGACUGAUUCAAAUUUUGAAAUGCAUAAUUCAGAAGAAAAAUUUCAAUUCACUAUGUUUAAUGAGAAUUAUGUACAGUUACGUUAGAAAUACUAAUCAUAUGUACAGUUAACUAAUGCAUAAUACAAUAUAUACAAAUAUACGGCCAAAAUGAUGUAUGCGUGACCAGAAGAUAAUUAAAGAUGUCUUAUGGAGAUCAUUAAAGUGUGUUAUGUACAGAUACUGCUAAUAAAUAAUAAGCUAGUUAACUUCACUUUUCUUUUUUUUUUUUUUACAUUUUAUAUACAUGAAGUUGGUUUAUUUGUUAUAAAUAUUUCCAUACGCAGAUAAUAACAUCAUGUAAUGAAUCCACCAGACACUAGGAUGCGCUGUUUUCAAAUUCGAAUGUCUGAACACAGUCGUAAACAGUUGCGACAUAACCACUUUAACUGGCAGAUUAUACUCUUUAGGUAGACAGUAUGAAUGAUAGCUUGAGUAUCUCAACAUCUAACUCAUUAAAAAUAUAAUUACCUGCAAUGAUUUUAAAGGAAAGAACAAUAAAUCUGAUGCUCAGUGUAUUCUGCAUUUUUUUUUCAGUAAUCAGACUGAGUCAUACACAAUGUUUACAUGUAAACAUUUACUGAAAUGAAUCAAUGGUAUGAAAUAAAGACUACUUUACUAACAAUGAAAGAUUAAAGUUUUCAAAACAGA